AUGGAUCCGGGUUUGUUGAAGGAGCGGGAGGAGUUCUUGCGUCGAGCAAAGAACAUUCCGGUUGUUGAAAAACUGCGUCCUCAAUCGCAGACUUUGCCUCAAUUGAACGCCACUUCGCCACAAACAAAGAAACCUCCUGUGUCAUCCACCAGGGAGUACCUUACCAUGGACACGCGGUCACAAAAUCAGGGGAAAUUUGCGCUCCUAUCACGCAUUGUGAAAUACAUGAGACGCAGACAUUUGGAGCGAGAGUUGCAUCCCCUUUCUGUCGAAGAAAUACUAGAAGAACUACAGCUCUACGAUACUCCAAGAUCUGAUAUUGUGUGGCUUGAAAAUGAGGCCCUUCCCAAUAAUCCAAAGAUAGCUACUACUCCAGACAAGAAGUUCAAGUUUAAGCCGAGAUAUGACAUACGGUCCCGAAAUGAUUUAUACCAACUUCUGAAGCGGCACGAAACCAGAGGGCUAGGUGGCAUUUACCUUGAUGAUAUUUGCGAAGCGAUUCCUGACGCGGAAAAGGUUAUUCAAAGUCUUGGGGAUACAAUCGUGCAGGUUACUACCCCGCACGACAAAAAGACUGUUCUGUUUUUCAACGACAAGUCGUUUGACCUAAAUGUUGAAGACGAAUUCAAGCAGCUUUGGCGAGCGGUCAGCGUGGAGGGCGUUCACGAAGGAAAAAUUGAGGAGUAUCUCCAUAGAAACGGUAUCAUGUCCAUGUCUGCUGACAAAAAAGUAUUCACACCAGCAAUCAAGCAGAAACGACGCGGCCAACGCCGAAAUAUUCGUCCGGUGAAGCUAAGGGACAAUGAGCAUUUACGAGGCAUUUUGAAGGACUUCUCCGAUAAGAAAUCUUAG